UGCCUACACCAAGCCUCUGUAGUGGUUUUACAGUGGUUGCUAUGUGAACACCCAGCGCAACAUGUUCUUUUGGGCGUCUCUUUCUUUCCAAGUAAUUAUGAGAAGACACCCACGCGAAAACGGAAUAAAAGUUGUUUUUAUUAGCAUUAUAAUGGCGUUAGGACGUUGAUGGAUCUCGGUUUCAUGCUUCAAUAAUAACGCCAUGACACUAGCAGAUAUACAGUAGUCAUGGUAAAUCGGGCGACUUAAGGAUAUUGAAAUGCGCCUGCAUCGCUCAAAAAAGUUUGGCGCAAAUAUGACCCUGCACAUUUCCCUUUAAGAUAUUAGUGACAACGGCGCUUUCAUUCUGAAGAGAGAUGCACUGCCGGGGUUCUGUAGCUCAUACCCACCAAAAGAGGCUGAAGUAACCAGGAGGAAGAACAACUUUUGCUAAGUUGUUGCAGGCAACUUGGGUGUUGAACAGGAACCGGACAGGCUGGAUUACAGCAGCUCGUCCAGGAGGAGCACUACCCGUUUCCACGCAGACCAGAGCGUGUGCCAUGCAGUGGUGACCAGUGCUGAUCUGAGCUGUCGCUGAAGCACAGGCCAGAGGAUGGAGCUGAAGGUGUGGGUGGACGGGGUGGUGCGCGUGGUGUGUGGCCUGUCCCAGGAGACGUCCUGCCAGGAUGUUGUCAUCGCCCUCGCUCAGGCCAUCGGUCAGACAGGUCGCUAUGUGCUCGUUCAGAAACUGAGGGACACAGAGCGCCAGCUUCUGGCCAGCGAGCGGCCACUGGAGUCACUGGCCAAGCUGGGUCAGCACGGGAGCGAGGUGCAGUUCUUCCUGCGUCGGACUGGCCCCAGCAGCAGCGAUUCCCUUGGCUCUGAGCGCAGCCUCACGCUGACCAAACCGCCAUCGUCGUCCUCCAACAGUGAUGGCGACCUCCCGAAACGCAGGGAGCCCAAGAAGUCGCUCACCUUCAAUCUGGGCCCCUCCAGCUCACCCCGAGCCAAGCCCAAGCAGGCCCGCAAGUCCCUGCCCGCUAAAGACUCCCCAGAGCAGCGGGCGUCCCCUUCCCCUGUCUCCCACACACCCUCACCAACGCCCCAGCCCCCAACCUCCAGCGGACCCCCCAAAGAGGAGGUCUUCCGGCAUGUGCUGCAGCAGCAGGAGCGUCUAGCGGCUCUGGAGGCCCAGCUGGAGGCCCUGGAGCGGGAGAGCCGGCCUUGGGAGCAGCAGUCGCAGUCGCUGUCGCCGUCUCCCUCAGGCUCCGACAACGGGGAGCCUCCAGCCCUGCAGGGGGAGCUAGAGCGCCUGGAAGAGACGCUGCGGCGCAACCAGGCAGAACUGGCGCACGAGGACUACUGGGAGGAGGAGCUGCGCGUGGAGCUGGAGCACGAGCGCAGCAUGCGCCGGCGUCUGGGCGAGCUGCACGCCAAGCUGGACGACUGCGGCCGUCGGCUGCAGGACUUCAACGAGCGCGCCGACUACCUGGCGCGCGAGCUGCAGAAGGAGAGCCAGGCUGCCGCGGCCAGCGCCAACGCCGCCUCUUCGCCGGAGGAGUCUCUGGGCAUGGUGAGGGCGGAGAUCCAGAGCCGACAGAGGCAAGGGGUGGAGCUAGAGGCGGAGUUGAGCGAGACGGAGAGCACGCUGGGGAAGACCGAGUCGCUGCUGCAGGCGCGUCAGGAGGAGCUGGAGGAGCUGAAUAAGGAGCUGAGGCAGUGCAACCUGCAGCAGUUCAUCCAGCAGGCUGGGGUGCUGCCCGGCCACACCAGCUCCCACUCCGACCUCAACGAGCCCAUGGAGCUGGAGCAGCACAUCGAGCUCGCUCAGCUGCUCAAGGAGCGCUACGGCAUGAGGAGUCCUAUGUCUCCGCCGCUGGAGUCCCCUCCGCGUCCCACGGCCAAGCACUUCCUGGGUCACCCGCGCAACCUGCAGAACCCACUGGUGUCCAGCCUCAACCCUGAGGUCCUCACAUCCAGGGAGUCGUCAUGGAGAUAAAACCUGGACCACUGGAAUGGGGGAUUUAUCCCCUUUGUUCUUAAUGACCACAUCUAUUUAACCCAUCUUGUGCUAAUGUCUGUCCAUCUUGUAACAACCAUACAUAUAUAAACUGUACAUAGAAAUAUAUAUUUACAUUUUGCUACAUUGCAAAUUAUGUAUCUACUGUAAGAUAUGACCAGAAAGUUUAUUAUCUUUAGAAGUAUGUCUUGUAUUUAAAUACAAUAAAGAUGUGCGCUGUGUUUUAGAUAAGCCAAGUGUGACGUCGGUUUGUUACCGGAGUCAAAUCACCCGUUAAUGUUUGAUCACCCAACCAAAUGCGUCCACAGGAAGUAGAUGAUGCUUAAAGGAUGUCUGACA